CGCCGGGGCGUCACGCACGGCGGGGCGGGGCGAGGAGAGCCAAACGUAAAGUCACCAUGAGUUUCCCAGGCCCAGCUCUUUCUGCUGCCGGUGAGCCCCAAGCCUUGGCGGGUGCUUACGGGGAAUAGGAGACUGGGCAGGCGUCAGGCGAGUCCGACGGAGACUGGGUAGGUAGAAGCCCUCCAGAGAGCGGUUGUUGUGCGGGCGCCGUCUCUGUCGGCCCCGCAGGCAGCGCAUGCGCGGGGCGGGCAGCGCGGCCUUGGCUGCUGGUCCGCUUCGGGCCCGGGUGUCGGAGGCCUCCAUACGGCGCCGCGUAGGGUCUCGACCGCAGAGGGUGGCUGCUAGGCCCGGGCGGGACCUCGAAACCGUGUGCUGUGCGCGCUGCAUGCUCCCGGCGCGAGGUGUGAUCAGCACUGGGAAAGAUGCCUGCCCCUGCUGCUACAUAUGAAAGAGUAGUCUACAAAAACCCUUCCGAGCACCACUACAUGAAAGUCUGCCUAGAAUUUCAAGAUUGUGGAGUUGGACUGAAUGCUGCGCAGUUCAAACAGCUUCUUAUUUCAGCCGUGAAGGACCUGUUUGGGGAGGUUGAUGCCGCCUUGCCUUUGGACAUCCUGUGCUAUGAAGAGAAGACCUUGUCAGCCAUCUUGAGAAUAUGUAGCAGUGGUCUUGUCAAAUUGUGGAGCUCUUUGACCUUGUUAGGAUCCUAUAAAGGCAAAAAAUGUGCUUUCCGGGUGAUUCAGGUUUCUCCAUUCCUCCUGGCGUUAUCUGGUAAUAGUAGGGAACUAGUAUUGGAUUGAAGGAAUAGUCUUCUAUUUUGGAAACAUUCCUCCACUCUCAGAUUUAUUUUUUGGUGCCUGCAUGUUUGAAGACUGAAGCAGGCUAAAAGCUCUUGAUGAAAUUUGAGGGUGCUGAAGAUGUUCCCACUAAUUUCCAGCCAUCACCUUUGGUGGGGUGGGCUCCAGAGGAGAGUCUGCCUGAACCUCCCGGUGCUGACCCUGCAGCACUUUCAGCGUAUGCACAUCAGAGUUGGAGACCGUGCUGAACUUAGGAGGGCCUUCACACAGACGGAUGUGGCUACCUUCUCAGAGUUAACAGGGGAUGUCAAUCCUUUGCAUCUAAAUGAAGACUUUGCAAAACACACCAAGUUUGGAAAUACAAUUGUACAUGGAGUUUUGAUCAAUGGACUUAUCUCAGCUCUCCUGGGAACUAAAAUGCCAGGGCCAGGCUGUGUAUUUCUUUCCCAGGAAAUUAGCUUUCCAGCCCCUUUAUAUAUUGGAGAAGUUGUUUUAGCUUCUGCAGAAGUGAAAAAGCUAAAGCGGUUCAUUGCUAUUAUUGCAGUGUCAUGUUCAGUAGUAGAAAGUAAAAAGACUGUUAUGGAAGGCUGGGUUAAAGUUAUGGUUCCAGAAGCUUCUAAAUCCUGAAAUACGUGUUUAAAGAUGCAACCUCAAACACCAAUGCUGUUAUUAUAGAGCCUUUGGGGAAAUGGAUUGCUGCUCUUCACCAAAGAAUGGUUGAUAGGCCCAGAAGCCCAUCCUAGUUAGGGGAAGGGAACAGAUAGAGGGCUGUUCAAAUGCCCACUUUCUGGUUUGGCCUUAUGCAAGAGUGUAUGCAGGAAUUCUCUCCCUGUUUUUUUUUUUUGUUGUUUUUUGUUUUUUUGAAAUUCAAGAAAUAGGCUAUGCAUGGUGACUCCUAACUGUAAUCCUAGCACUUUGGGAGGCUGAGGCAGAUGGAUCACUUGAGGUCAGCAGUCCAAGACCAGCCUGGCCAACAUGGUGAGACCUCAUCUCUACAAAAAGAAAAUGUAAAAAUUAGCAGUGCUUGGUGGCUUGGGCCUGUAGUCCCAGCUGCUUGGGAGACUGAGGUGGGAGAAUUGCUUGGGCCCAAGAGCUGGAGGUUACAAUGAGAAGCUGAGAUCGCACCUCUGCACUGCAGCCUGGGUGACAGAGCAAGACCCUGUCUCAAAAAAAAAAAAGUAUUGGGAAGGUUACUUACCUAAAGACUCUACUUUUAAGUCAGGUGUGGUGGCGUACGCUUAUAAUCCCAGCACUUUGGGAGGCCGUGGUAGGCGAAUCACUUGAGGUCAGAAGCUCAAGACUAGCCUGGUCAACAUGUGAAACCCCAUUUCCACUAAAAAUACAAAAAUUAGCUGGGCGUGGUGGCAGGCACCCAGCUACUUGGGAGGCUGAAGCAGGAAAAUCGUUUUAACCUGGGAGGUUGCAGUGAGCUGAAAUCAUACCACUGCACUUGAGUCUGGAUGACAGAGCAAAACUCCAUCUCAAAAGAAAAAGAUUCUACUUUUAGGAAUUCAGACCUAGAUAGAUUUGCAUUUGGAUAACAAAACCCUUCCUAUAUCUGUGUAGAAGCAGCUUCUCACUGAAUUUCAACUGUGUAUCGAUUACUAAAGACAAAAAUAGAAGUUGGAUCAUCUUUGAACACCUACCUUUUAUCAGUGAAUAUCCUUAGACCCUGCUCUUCAGUAGUUACUGAGUCAGAGUUUAUUGUAAUUUGUUGUUUACACCAAGGUGGCAUCUUGCUCUGCCUUCUGUGAGACUUGCGUUUCAGGGAAGGGGCGUAUGUGCGCCCUUGGUCUCAGUUAUAUGCACUGCCUGAUCUAUGGUAACACCUGCCACGUGGGAUAAUUGGGGAAGAUAAUAGAUGGAGUUAAGCACAGGGCCCAGCCUGUCAGCAGCAGCUACUAUUACUGUUGCCCAUUUCCCCUGCAAUGGAGGUGAGAGGUUUUCCUGAGUUUGAAGCUGACUGGCCCACAGUUAAAAACGUCUUUCAGGGUGUCAACCAACCUCUACUAGUGUUCUUAAGUGCAGUUUCUGUUUUAAAAGUUAAGAUUAUUCCUUGAAAACGUGGAUCUACCUCUCAUUAUAUAAAUAAUACAUGCUUAU